CUCUCUCAUCAGCAGCAGCCGCCCCGCCUCGCGACGCGAACCGCUGGCUGGUUCGCCUCCGACAGACUCACUCACAACAUCUGGCUGUCACACACGAGCGGCGCUACCGCGGCAUGCUCGUAUUCCCGCCGGGACUCACGAGGUGGAUUCCGACCAGCCGGGCGCCAUGUCCGAGGUGCGAAAAUUCACAAAGAGGCUGAGCAAACCCGGGACGGCCGCGGAAGUCAGACAGAGCGUGUCGGAGGCGGUGAAGAGCUCCGUGGACCUUGUGGAGCAGCCAAAGAUCAUUGAGCCUCUGGACUAUGAAGCUGUGGUGUUUCAGAGAAAGGCCCAGAUCCACAGUGACCCCCACCGAGACCUGCUGCUCUGCCCUGUGGACGAUGUCUCGGAGUCCCAGAUCUUGCGGCAGAGGAGGACCGUCGUUCCCUCGGUGCCUCAGAACGCCGAGCGGGAGGCCCGGAGUCUGUUCGCCAAAGAGUGCAUCAAGAUGUACAACACCGACUGGCACGUAAUCAACUACAAGUACGAGGCGUACUCCGGUGACUUCCGCAUGUUGCCGAGCAAAGGCCUGAAGACGGACAAGCUGCCAGCUCAUGUGUUCGAGAUCGACGAAGACGCCAAAGACGAGGACACGUCGUCGCUGUGCUCCCAGAGGGGAGGCAUCAUGAAGCAGGGCUGGCUUCAGAAAGCCAACAUCAACAGCAGCCUGUCUGUCUCCAUGAGGGUCUUCAAAAGGAGGUACUUCUACUUGUCCCAGCUCCCUGAUGGCUCCUACAUCCUCAACUCCUACAAGGAUGAGAAGAACUGCAAGGAGACCAAAGGGUCCAUCUACCUGGACUCCUGCAUAGACGUUGUUCAGAGCCCUAAAAUGCGCCGCAAUGGCUUCGAGCUGAAGAUGCAAGACCGCUACAGCCACUUCCUGGCCGCCGACAGCGAAGCGGAGAUGGAGGAGUGGGUGAUCACGCUGAGACAGGCUCUGCAGAGCACCACCGAGGCCAGCCAGGACCGGAGGAACGGUGCAGAGAUGCUGGACUGUUCCCUGGAUGACGACGCUGUCAGCCAAGGUAAAGGUGAGAGCCUGCUGGAGAGCCUGGGGAGGAGCUUACAACCUGAGCUGAUGAAGUACGCCAGGGAAACGGACCAGCUCAAUAAGAUGAACAGGAGUGAAGGCAGACCGAAGCUGUUCACUCUGGACCCUGAGACGCAGAGGCUGGACUUCUCCGGCAUCGAGCCAGAUGUGAAGCCAUUUGAGGAGCGCUUUGGCCGUCGCAUCGUGGUCAGCUGCCACGACCUGACUUUCAGUCUCCAGGGCUGCGUCAGUGAGAAAGGAGACGGCGUCCUCACGAAUGUGGAACCGUUCUUCAUCAGCCUCGCUCUCUUUGACGUGUCCAAGAGCUGUAAGAUCUCGGCCGACUUCCACGUUGACCUCAACCCGCCCUGCGUCAGAGAGAUGCUGACCGACGCCGCGGGCCAGCUCUCCCCUUCGUCUGACUCUGAGGGCGGAGUCGGGGAGGGGGGAGGCGGAGUCACGGUGAAUGGAGACGCCGGUAAAGGGAAUGGCCUGCCGGUUCUGCAGAGGGUGUCGGAGGCUCUGAUGCGCUUCCCUACACAGGUAGAAACAACACACACACACACGAUGAAGGCAGCUGAGCUUUCCAGGAUGACCACACACUCUUUUUCUUUGCUGGUCUGUUUUGGUUCAUUGCCCUCUGUCUGUCCCCUGCAGACGGCUCAGAAGGUGCUCAAAGCUGCCAAGCAGACAUGCCAACGCUUGGGCCAGUACCGGAUGCCGUUUGCCUGGGCUGCCAAGCAGGUGUUCAAAGACGCCCAGGGCAGCUUGGACAUGGACGGGAAGUUUUCUCCUCUCUACCGCCAGGACAGCAGCAAAGUGUCCAAUGACGACAUCGUCAAGCUGCUGGCCGACAUCAGGAAACCAGAGAAGAGCAAGCUUCAAAGCAUCCCAGGACAGCUGAAUGUCACCAUUGAGUGUGUCCCACCUGACUUCUCCAAUACAGUGACUUCCUCUUACGUUCCCGUCAAGCCCUUCGAGGACGGCUGUGAGCGGGUGUCGGUGGAGGUCGAGGAGUUUCUGCCCGACGAGGCCAAGUACAACUACCCCUUCACCACCUACAAGAACCAGCUCUACAUCCGCCCGCUGCAGCUCAAAUACGACAACCAGAAGACCUUCACCAAGGCGAGAAACAUCGCCGUCUGCAUCCAGUUCAGAGAUUCAGAUGAAGAAAGUGCACCUUCUUUAAAGUGCAUCUACGGCAAGCCGGGAGACUCACUCUUCACCAGCAGCGCCUACGCAGCCGUCCUGCACCACAACCAGAGCCCGGAGUUCUACGACGAGGUGAAGAUUGAGCUGCCGGUCCACGUCCACGAGAAGCACCACAUCCUCUUCACCUUUUACCACAUCAGCUGUGAGUCCAGCAGCAAGGCCAGCAGCAAGAGGCGCGAGGGAGUGGAGUCACUGGUGGGUCACUCUUGGAUGCCUCUGCUGAAAGAUGGCAGGAUGCAGUCAGCCGAGGUCCAGCUCCCUGUAGCUGCUGCCUUGCCUCCUGGAUACCUGUGUCACGACACCCGGAAGUCGCAGCCAGAUAUCAAGUGGGUGGAAAACGCCAAAACGCUGUUCAAAGUGAGGAGCCACGUGGCAUCAACAAUAUAUGCUCAGGACCUGCAUCUUCACAAAUUCUUCCAGCACUGCCAGCUGAUGAGGACGACCACGGAGGGAAGCCCAGCAGAACUUAUCAAGUACCUGAAGUGCCUGCAUGCCAUGGAGACUCAUGUAAUCAUCAACUUCCUUCCUACGGUGCUGAUGCAGCUGUUUGGGGUGCUCACAGCAGCGACCAAAGAAACCCAUGAGAUUGCUGUCAACUCGCUGCGUGUGAUCAUACAUAUAGUCUCCAGAUGUCACGAGGAGGGCCUGGAACACUACCUGCGCUCUUUUGUGAAGUAUGUGUUUGUGACCAACAACCCUUCAUCGGGAAGCUCUGCAACCACCCACGAGAUGCUGGCCACCGCUGUAACAGCCACCCUCAAGCAAACGGCAGAUUUCAACACAAGCAACAAGCUGCUGAAGUACUCCUGGUUCUUCUUUGAAACCAUGGUCAAAUCCAUGGCCCAGUACCUGCAAGAAGGCAACCGCAUCAAGAUGCCCCGGGCCCAGCGCUUUCCCGACAGUUUCCACCAGGUGAUCCAGUCGCUGGUGUUGUCCAUCAUGCCACACAUCACCAUCCGCCACAUGGAAAUCCUGGAGGAAGCUCGAUGCAUCAACCUGAGCCUGGCCAAUUUCAUCAAGAGGUGCCUGACCGUCAUGAACCGGGGCUUUGCCUUCGGCCUGGUCAACCACUACAUGUGUCACUUUGGUCUCAGAGAUCCCAAGGUGCUGACUGAAAUGAAGUUUGAUUUCUUGAUGGCCGUGUGUAACCACGAACACUUCAUCCCUCUGAACCUGCCCAUGGCUUUUGGGCGCACCAAGAUGCAGCGCGUACAAGAUCAGUGUCUGGAGUUUAGCCUGACGGAGGAGUACUGCCGUAACCACUUCCUAGUGGGUCUGCUGCUGAGGGAAGUGGCUGAGGCCUUGCAGCAAGGGCCCGAGGUCCGACAGCUGGCCGUCAGCGUUCUCAAGAACCUUCUUAUCAAGCACGCCAUGGAUGACCGCUAUACAUCCUUCAAGAAUCAACAGGCCAGAAUCUGUUUGCUCUACCUGCCACUCCUUGAGCUGCUCUACCAGAACUUGAAGCCGCUGUCUGCCCAGCCACACACCUCCAGCCACGGGCUCGGCCUCAAUGGCUCCAGAGAUGACCUGAUAUCAUCGGGGUCCACGGAUAGCAGGAGAACCAGCGCUGCGAUUGACAGAGACUACGGCGUGCCGGCACAGAACGGCCACGUUGUGAGGAGAGAGGACUCCCGCUGCUCUCUCUUCGUGGACAUGGGAACGUCGGACAGCACCGAGCUGAACAGACGUGGCUCCACCAUGAGCAGCAGCCCCAUGCCUCCCAUCGGCAGACUGGGGGAGUACGAGAUCAAGGGGCUCCUGCUGUCCUUCCUGCACAUCGUCAAGACCUUGUCAGAAGACACCCUCAUGGCCUACUGGAACAAAGUCGGCCCUCAAGACAUCAUGAACUUCCUUAGUUUGCUAGAGACCUGUUUGGUUCAGCUCCGCUACAUUGGAAAAAGAAACAUUGGGCGGAGCCAGGAGAUGUGUGUGUCGAAGCUGUUCUCCUCAGACCGAAAGUCUCAGACGAUGCCGGUGAUGCGCUGCAACCGAGCCAGCCUGAUGCAGACAAAAUUACACCAGUUCGGCACCAUGGAAGCCUCCCUCACGCUCAAUAUAGGUAACCUCACAGAGAUUCCAAUGAUGUGUGUGUGUGUGUGUCAGACCCAGUUGCUGGACUGCGAUGGUCACAACCCCCUAAUGAAGAAGGUGUUUGACGUUUACCUGACCUUCCUUAAAGUGGGCCAAUCAGAAGCUGCCCUCAGACACGUCUUUGCUGCUCUCCGGGCUUUCAUCAACAAGUUCCCGUCGGUGCUGUUUAAGGGCCGCGUGACGCUGUGCGAGGCCCUGUGCUGCGAGGUGCUCAAGUGCUGCGUCUCCAAGCUGGGAUCUCUGAGGGCCGAGGUGUCGGCCCUGCUCUACCUUCUGAUGAGAAACAACUACGAGUACACCAAGAGGAAGACCUUCCUACGCACGCACCUGCAGAUCAUCAUUGCUGUGAGCCAGCUGAUCUCUGACGUGGCGCUGACCGGCAGCUCUCGCUUCCAGGAGUCUCUCUCCAUCAUCAACAACUUUGCAAAUAGUGACAAGGCCAUGAAGUCCACAGCCUUCCCCACUGAGGUAAAGGGGCUGACCAAGCGGAUCCGCACGGUGCUGAUGGCCACGGCCCAGAUGAGGGAGCACGAGAGAGACCCGGAGAUGCUGCUGGACCUCCAGUACAGCCUAGCCCGGUCCUACGCCAGCACCCCCGAACUGAGGCGGACCUGGCUGGACAGCAUGGCCCGAGCGCACCUCAAGAACGGAGAUCUCUCUGAGGCGGCCAUGUGCUACGUCCAUGUGGCUGCACUGGUUGCAGAGUACCUGUACAGGAAAAAGUUGUUUCCCAGUGGCCUUGCAGCUUUUAAGAAGAUUACCUUGAAUAUUGAGGAGGAAGCUGCUAUGCGAGAAGACACUGGAAUGCAAGACGUCUAUUACACUGAGGAAGUUCUGGUCGAACACCUGGAGGUCUGCGUGGAGGCCCUGUGGAAAGCCGAGCGCUAUGAGCUUAUCACGCACGUUGCCAAACUCAUCAUCCCCGUCUACGAGAAGCGGCACGAGUACGAGAAACUGAGUCGACUGUACGACACUCUGCACAGAGCUUACAACAAGAUAAUGGAGGUCAUACACUCGGGACGCAGGAUGCUGGGGACCUACUUCAGAGUGGCUCUGUACGGACAGGGCUUCUUCGAGGAGGAGGACGGGAAGGAGUACGUCUACAAGGAGCCAAAACUCACGGGCCUGUCUGAGAUCUCUCAGCGGCUGCAGACACUCUAUGGUGAAAAGUUUGGUCCGGAAAACGUCAAGAUCAUUCAGGACUCCAACAAGGUAAAUCCCAAAGACCUGGACGUCAAGUUCGCCUACAUACAGGUGACGUUCGUAAAGCCCUUCUUUGAGGAGAAGGAGGCUCCGGAGAAGAAGACCGACUUUGAGAAGUGCCACAACAUCAACCGCUUUGUGUUCGAGACGCCGUACACGCUGUCGGGCAAAAAGCACGGCGGGGUGGAGGAGCAGUGCAAGAGGAGGAGUGUGCUCACAACUGCCAACACAUUCCCGUAUGUGAAGAAGCGCGUGGAGGUGGUGGGGGAGAAGCAGGUGGAGCUCAAGCCGGUGGACGUGGCCAUAGAUGAGAUGAAGGCGCGAACGGCGGAGCUGACCAAACUCUGCUCCAGCCAGGAGGUGGACAUGAUCCAGCUGCAGCUCAAACUGCAGGGCUGCGUCUCCGUGCAGGUGAACGCCGGUCCCAUGGCCUACGCCAGAGCAUUCCUGGAUGACAGCAAAAUCAACCAGUCGGGCCUCAAGAAAAUAAAAGAACUUAAGGACAUAUUCAGGCGUUUCGUCCAGGCUUGCAGUAUCGCUCUGGACAUAAAUGAGCGUAUUAUCAAAGAGGACCAGUUUGAGUACCAUGAGGGCCUGAAGGGCAAUUUCAAAGACUUGGUAAAGGAGCUAUCUGACAUCAUCCACGAGCAGAUCUACCAGGAGGAUAUGAUGCGCUCGCUAUUACAAAACUCCCUCCAUGUGUUUCGUGCCAUCAGCGGGACGACCACCAACCUGGGCUGACCUCUGCCCCAGCCACACGCCCCCCAUAAAGACCUGAACCGGAUGAGGAGGGAACAGCCCCCAGGAGAUGGAUCGUACCCAAACCACAGCAGCAGUAUCCCAGAAUGUAACACCUACUAAAUGUCAGCAUGUCGGCUUUAGGCUUUGUGCGGUGCUUUGUGCGGAUCAACUGUUGAUUUUCACAGGGAGACACUGUGCUGAAGCAGGUUUUUUUCCUUCUUCGGUGCUCUCUCUGCAACGUCUUCCCUCAUCUCACAUCUAUGCAGUACAUCAGGCUCCCCCCAUUAGCCCUUUUUACCACUUGAGUCAAUUUGUAGGCGGGUUUAGGUAGUUUCGUAGGCAGGCAGAGCAUUCCAGUCGGGCUGUAAUAAACAGACAAGUGACGGUGUAAAGAGCAGCAUCUUUAAGCCAAAGGGAGCGCCCUGUUUAUUGCCGUGACUAAUUCCUUCUUGGCGGGAUCCCGAGUUAAAGAAAGGAAGGAGGUCUAGUCGAGAUAAAGCUGCUCUUAAGAAGGGUUUUGCUUGGUUUCAUAAGUAGCUCAGUUACAUUGUGAAUAUUUGGGUGAUAACAAUGUCAUAUCAGAGGUCAUUAAUGAUACCUGAGAAGAAAAAAUAUGGAAAGUAAAUUAUUUCCGAGCUUUUGGUACAAUGAGAGAAACAAAAUUGUGUAGGUGGGCCGCUGCACGCAGAGCGCAGCUGUGUGAUGAUGCUCAUCAUGUGGGUUAUCAUCCAGUGCCUUUGUGCUUUGCCUUGUCAAGAUACUUCCCCGUCAAGAUACUCAGUAAUAAGAUCGUCAUCACUCGCUGGUUAUUUACAGUAUUUCACAAGUGCUACACUGUAAUUAACAGAUGAAUAAUAUUUAAGCAAAAUGUACAUAAUUUGUUGCCAGGCUGUAAAGUGAAUUCUGCAUCCUUGUAUGUUUGUACGUACUGUAUCUAUAUUUGGAACAGUUUGAAAUAUUCAGUCCAAACUGUCCAAGCAGAGAGAUUUUUCUUUUUUUAAUGAUGUGCAGCUGCUUGUCAAAAUGACUUUGUAAAGACAUUUUCCAAUAAAACCUGGAGAAAAACCAUGCAGACUGA